CUGGAUUAAGAUGGCGGUCUGAAAGGCAAGGUUUGUUGUCGAUGGGUGCAAAGUAUGUUUAAGUGCAUCAACCGGACGGCGCAGUGCACGAGAUAUUGCCAAGCAACUGGACGCAGCUUCCACCUCAACAAAGAAAUGAAAAUGACAGACUCAGCCCUAAAGAGCGUGGUCGCAGACAUAAUUCGAUCUCCUGAAGACAAGCGAGUUUACAGAGGUCUGGAGUUUAACAAUGGAUUGAAGGCCAUGCUCAUCAGUGACCCAACGACAGACAAAUCAUCUGCUGCUUUGGAUGUCCACAUCGGUUCUUUAUCCGACCCGGCAAAUAUCGCAGGCUUGGCGCACUUUUGUGAACACAUGCUGUUCCUGGGGACAAAGAAGUACCCCAAAGAGAAUGAAUACAGCCAGUUCUUGAGUGAGCAUGCUGGCAGCUCAAAUGCCUUUACCAGUGGAGAGCACACUAACUAUUAUUUUGAUGUGUCUCAUGAGCACUUACAAGGAGCUCUGGAUAGAUUUGCCCAGUUCUUCUUGUGCCCACUGUUUGAUGAAAGCUGUAAGGACCGUGAGGUAAAUGCUGUGGACUCUGAGCACGACAAGAACCUGAUGAAUGAUGCUUGGAGGCUCUUUCAACUAGAGAAGGCCACCGGGAACCCAAAUCACCCCUUCAGUAAAUUUGGAACAGGUAACAAGUUGACCCUUGAGACAAGGCCAUCUAAUGAAGGCAUUGAUGUUCGCCAGGAGCUCCUUGCGUUUCACUCUACCUAUUACUCCUCCAAUCUAAUGGGCCUCUGUGUUUUGGGAAGAGAAUCCCUCGAUGAGCUAACCUCUAUGGUGGUCAAGUUAUUUGGAGAAGUAGAGAACAAGAAUGUGCCUAUCCCGGAAUUUCCUGAUCACCCCUUUCAAGAUCAAUAUCUAAAACAAUUCUACAAAGUGGUGCCCAUAAAAGACAUAAGGAAUCUCUAUGUGACGUUCCCCAUCCCAGACCUGCAGAAAUACUAUAAGUCGAACCCGGGACAUUAUCUGGGACAUCUGAUUGGUCAUGAAGGACCUGGAAGUUUAUUAUCGGAACUAAAAUGUAAAGGUUGGGUGAAUACACUUGUUGGAGGUCAAAAAGAAGGAGCUAAAGGAUUCAUGUUCUUUAUCAUCAAUGUGGACUUGACAGAAGAAGGCCUUUUGCACGUUGAGGACAUUAUCUUUCACAUGUUCCAAUAUAUCCAGAAACUGCGCACAGAGGGACCUCAGGAGUGGGUGUUUCAGGAGUGCAAGGAUUUAAACAAAGUAGCCUUCCGUUUCAAAGACAAGGAGCGACCGCGUGGCUAUACCUCCAAAGUGUCUGGUUUACUGCACUAUUAUCCGCUUGAAGAAGUUCUGGCAGCAGAGUAUCUUUUGGAAGACUUUAGACCAGACUUAAUUGAGAUGGUGCUGGACAAGCUGAGACCAGAAUUUGUCCGAGUUGUUUUGGUCUCAAAGUCAUUUGACGGUCAAACAGAUAAGUCAGAAGAAUGGUAUGGUACACAGUACAAACAGGAGGCUAUCUCUGAGGAGAUCAUCAAGAAAUGGGCUGGUGCGGAUCUCAACGGAAAGUUCAAGUUGCCAAUGAAAAAUGAGUUCAUCCCUACCAACUUUGAAAUUUAUCCCCUUGAGAAAGACUCUCCUGCUGUCCCUACUUUAAUUAAGGACACUGCAAUGAGCAAGGUGUGGUUCAAGCAGGAUGACAAAUUCUUCCUCCCCAAAGCGUGUCUGAACUUUGAAUUCUUCAGUCGCUACUUAUAUGCAGAUCCACUGCACUGCAAUAUGACCUACCUGUUGCUCAGGUUACUGAAGGAUGAUUUAAGAGAGUAUACAUAUGCAGCCCGCCUGGCAGGGUUGGUGUAUGGCAUAGCCUCAGGGAUGAAUGCCAUCCUACUGUCUGUUAAAGGUUACAAUGACAAGCAAGACAUCCUGUUGAAGAAGAUCAUUGAGAAGAUGGCCACAUUUGAGAUUGAUGAGAAACGUUUUGACAUAAUCAAGGAAGCGUACAUGAGGUCUUUAAAUAACUUCAGAGCAGAGCAGCCGCACCAGCACGCCAUGUACUACCUCCGUCUGCUAAUGACUGAGGUGGCUUGGACCAAAGAUGAGCUCAGAGAUGCUCUAGAGGAUGUAACUCUCCUACGCCUCAAGGCUUUCAUACCUCAGCUGUUGUCACGGUUACAUAUUGAAGCCCUUCUCCAUGGCAACAUCACCAAGGAGUCUGCCCUUGGGAUGAUGCAAAUGGUGGAGGACACUCUCAUUGAGCACGCUCGCACAAAGCCUCUCCUACCGAGCCAACUGAUCCGCUACAGAGAGGUGCAGGUUCCGGACGGUGGAUGGUACGUUUAUCAGCAGAGGAAUGAGGUGCAUAACAACUGCGGUAUCGAGAUCUACUACCAGACCGACAUGCAGACCACCAACGAGAACAUGCUGCUGGAGCUCUUCUGUCAAAUCAUCUCCGAGCCGUGUUUCAACACGCUGAGAACUAAAGAGCAGCUUGGCUACAUCGUGUUCAGCGGUCCUAGGCGGGCCAACGGGGUCCAAGGCCUUCGCUUCAUCAUCCAAUCAGAAAAGGCGCCGCACUACCUGGAGAGCCGCAUCGAGGCAUUCCUUUGCUCCAUGGAGAGAUCAGUGGAGGAGAUGAGCGAGGAAGCUUUUCAGAAACACAUCCAAGCUCUUGCCAUUCGCCGCCUGGACAAACCCAAAAAGCUGUCGGCGGAGUGUGCCAAGCACUGGGGAGAGAUCAUCUCCCAACAGUAUAAUUUUGAUCGAGAUAAUAUUGAGGUGGCCCACCUGAAGACGCUAACUAAAGACGACAUUAUGCAAUUCUACCGUGAGCGCCUGACCCUGGACGCCCCCAAAAGACACAAGAUGUCAGUGCACGUGCUAUCCAGAGAGAUGGACACCUGUCCCCUCGUUGGAGAAUUUCCUGCUCAGAAUGAUGUCACCUUGACUCCUGCGCCCUCUCUGCCCCAGCCGUCGCUGGUCCGGGACAUGACUGAGUUCAAGAGGAGUCUGCCCCUUUUCCCUCUGGUCAGGCCUCACAUCAACUUCAUGGCAGCCAAACUGUAAGCGGGCAAGCCGGACCGCAAACGCAUCCACACGAAGGAUCCACGUAUGCCGUCACGGAACAUCGGGAGGAUGAGGAUUUGACUGUGCCUGCAUGAGAGUGUGUGUUUGUUUGGUCGAGUACAUAUGAACGUGUGCGCCGCAGGCUGGAUCCACAAGGAGGAGAACCUUGGGAAGGGUGGGGGGGGGGGGUGUAAUAGAUACACAGAUCACCGUAGCUGUGAUUAACGGUAGAGCCUCAUGUUGGAGUUCAACAGGAGAUGCAACACUUCAAAAUGAUGUCACAGUCCUGUAUCCACUUUUUGUAGAGGACGACCACCCGACAAAGACUGACUCACUCAUGUCCCUCCCAUAUCUGCCUCGGCGCGAUGCUUUUAAACCUCGUAUGGUUGUCUUUUUAACCUGGUAAAAUGGUGGGACCCUUUUGAUGAGGUAUUUUUAAUCAGCUUACCUUGAAGAACCUCACCCAUAGAAAAAUUUAUUUAUUUUUAAUUUCCACUUUAAAUACUACAAAAAAUAUCUCAGGGGGACUGAUGAUCUGAUUUUUUUUUUUUUUUAAAACCUUCAGUUUUAGAUUCAAAUAAAGUUUUAUCGGAUUGCCAUCUCCAUUAUUUUGUUCAUUUUAAUAAAUGUGAGCUAAAAUUCUAA